GCACCGGGAACCGGGUUGAGUUGAGUAGUCAAGUCCGAUGGUGUAAAGGACGGACGAGAAGAAGCGGAAAAGAUCGGGGAAUGAGGCCGAGAGAAGAGGCCGGUGAGUCGGACUCCGUUAAGACGGUGUUCAGGCCGGUUAACGGAGAGAUGCUAAGAUGACCAUCAUGCACGCUGACCUCAGAACGCCCUUGUUAGCCUCGCCUGCCUCUGACCGCUCGGAGCUCCAGCACCAGGAUCAGGGAGGAACUGUUAUUGGCAUCAUCGGUUCUGGAGACUUUUCCCGCUCCCUUGCGAUCCGACUGGUGGCCUGUGGUUUCCGAGUGGUGGUUGGGAGCCGCAAACCAAGCCAAGUGGCCAGAGCUCUUUUUCCUGAUGUGGUGCAGGUGCGACCACAGAGGGAGGCGGUGGAUGCAGCAGAGAAGGUGGUGUUUGUGGCAGUGUAUCAGGAGUUCUACAGCUCCCUGGGGCACCUGAAGGAGCAACUGGCUGGGAAGGUACUGGUGGAUGUAAGCAACGCCACCAGACGGAAGAGUGGAGGGCCGUCCAACGCAGAGAGGCUGGCCGAACUUUUCCCAGAGAGCAGGGUGGUGAAGGGCUUCAACAUGGUCUCUGCCUGGGCCCUGCAGACCGGAGCUCACGAUGGAAGCAGACAGGUUCUGAUCUGCGGCAGCUGCUCUGACUCUAAAGCCUCAGUGCUCCAGCUGGCCCGUCGCCUGGGCUUCAGCCCCGUGGACAUGGGCGGUCUGAAUGCAUCUCGGGACAUCGAGGAAGCCCCCCUGCUCCUGUUUCCUUCCUGGGAAUGUCCCAUCUUGGCCACCUUCCUCCUCCUCCUCUUCUUCUACGGAUACAGUUUCAUCAGGAACGUCCUGCUGCCGUACAUCGAUCACGGAGAGAACAACUUCCACCAGCUUCCGCUGGUCAUGGCGAAUCAGGUUCUGCCAGCGGUUGCCAUGGUUACACUUGCCCUGGUCUACCUACCAGGUCUGCUGUCGGCCGGAUUCCAGCUGGGCCGAGGAACCAAGUACAGCCGGUUUCCUGGUUGGUUGGACGGAUGGAUGCGCAGCCGGAAGCAGAUGGGCCUGCUGAGCUUCCUGUGUGCUGGACUACAUGCGGUUUAUAGCAUGUGUCUGAGUCUGAGGAGGGGUGCAGGUCUGCUCGGGGCCGCGUACCAACAGGUGAAAGCUGGAGUUGAAAGUUCCCGAUCGGAGCAGAUGGUGUGGAGGUCUGACCUGUACCUGUCCUGUGGAAUUCUGGGAUUUGGAGUCCUGUCCCUGCUGGCUGUGACCUCUCUGCCGUCUGUGGGAAACACUCUGAACUGGAGGGAGUUCACAUUUGUUCAGUCAGGACUCGGUUACGCGGCUCUGACUCUGUCCACCAUGCACGCGGUCUUCUUCGGCUGGGACUUUGCCUUCUUCCCUGCAGCCUACCCGUACUACCUGCCCCCGCUCCACCUGCUGGCCCUCAUCCUGCCCUGCAUCAUCCUCAUGGGUCGGCUCGUCCUGCUUCUACCGUGCCUGAAGUUCAGACUGGCAAAGCUCCGCAGAGGCUGGGAGAGUCCACGUCACAGAGCCCCAGACCUCUGGGACCCUGCAGAGUCAGCUGACUCCGACUCUCCUCCGAGCUUUGAUGCGUAGUGUGGAGGGACAUCAGAGACGCUGCUGGACAGAUCUCAUGUGCCUUUCCUGUGCAGACACGGUCCAGUCAGACGUUUGGCUCCUCAUGUGGCUCGUGUCUGGGUGGUAGAGCAAAACAUCCAGACCUGGUAGCUGGUUGGCAGCGGUUUUACAGAUGGAUGGUUUUUACACUUUUGACUUUUCAUUUUAACUCUGUGAAGCGCUUUGGUUCCACUUGUGCGUGAGAAGCAUUAAAGGAAUGAAGUGAAGCUGAGCUGGUGCUUGAUUU